AUAAAUAAGUGCAGGUUUAAAUACCACGGCAACAAUUGUGAAAUAUGGCAGAAUAAUAGAAAGGACCAAAGCAGAGCAGCAGCUAAAUAUUCAUAUUCUCAAAUGUACACUGCACUGGGAGAAAAUCGGAAAGGAAGGCCUAGACAGUUUUUUUAGAUUUCCAAAAAUAUUUUAAUCAGUGUAAAAUUAUUUUAAUUUUUUAUAUCACUACAUCAUCAUUUCCUACAGGCCUUAUGCCUCUGGCAUGAUUUUUGACCAACUGACUUACCUUAACAAGUCGAUAAAGUUUUUUAAAGUUUUUCACAAUCGUUGUUAAAAAUUGUAUAGUGUUACACCUGGAUGAUGUUUCUGAUUUAACAACACUUUAAUCCUACCUGAGCUACUUAUUCUAUUCCCUCUUACAAUCGAAAAUUAAACCUAUUGAGUAGGUAUCUCCCAUUUUAAAAUAAAAGCCCAUUGACCUAUUAAUUAUUUAGUCCUCUUCAAAAUUCAGUUGGUAAACUGUACACCUUUCAAAUAUAAACUCUCUUUCAUUAAUCAAUCGCAGAUAUUUCAAUUUUGUUCAAGUGUUUUUCCCAUCCGCAUUUUUUCGUAAACAAAGCCAAUGCAACAAAUUAAACUCUGUUUGAAAUACGAACGCAUUAAAUUAAAGUCAUUCUAGCUUAUAUACUUAUGCAUACUUCACUGCGCACUGCUGCACUCCACUUUUGAUAAUUUUAUUUUCAAACUGAGCUGUCAAUAUUGAUAAAAAGAUAAGCUAGCUUAAAUUAAAUAACUAUUCAUGUUGUUCUAGAGAAUAUAAAAUUAAUACUGAAUUGAAUUAAAGCCAAUGCUUUAUUGCCUUUAACACGUUGCAGUUUGUCAAUUUUGGCAAUUACAUUUUCGGGCUGAGCUGCCAAAAUGAAAUCAAAUACGGCAGACAACUAGUUUAAUCGAUAACUUAAUCCAAACAGUUCGUGCAACUUGUUGUGGGGCCUUAAGUUUCAUAACUAGUUGGCAAGUUGGGGAGAGAAUUUCCAUAUUAUUCUUCGAUCUGAGGUAUUGAAGUGAACAAAGUUGUUAGUUUUUCUUUUCGCCAGUGCAUGCACAAAUAUGAGUUGUUAGUUACACGAGUAGCCCAGUUCAAGGGGGUGCAGUACAGAGGGCAAAUGUCAACUGUAGGCGGUGCACCCAGGGGUUAAGGAGUGCCGGCGAGGGGUUAAGUGGGGCUGGAGCCCCCUUCGGGGCACGCCACUGUGCUCUGUGCUGAGGACAAAACAAAGCGGGGGCCUCACAACGAAAUGGGCCAAAAAGUUAUUUUAAGCGAACAGCGAAAAGCGUGCUACGAGCAAAGAAAGAAAGCGCGAAAGAAAGCGUCCAUAAAGUGGGCUUAGUGGGCGGUGGAAAGCGGUUGAGGGGCGGGUAGAAAUGCGGGAAAGCGGCAAAGGGACUGCAAGUUGGUAAUCUCGAAACAAUUAUGCAUACGCGCGCAUACAGAGAGAAACGUUCACCGAAAUCUGUGGCGCGUGAGACUCGACUCGACUCGACAAAAAGUAGCCCAAAAGCCCGCAAUGAAAGCGCAAAAUGUUUGGCCAUUAGCAUAAAAAGUAAUGGCCAAGUGGCAGCCACACAACAACAGACACUGAGGUUCAGCGAAAAGGAAAGUGAGGAGCAGCAGUGUGUCCAUUUCAUCGAAGACUUCGUCUUAAUCCUUUUCAACUGGCAAAUUGGCGUGAAAAUGCCUUUUGGGGCUCCCCAGGCAUUUUGAUUCGGUUUUUCCGUGACCAUUCACUUUCACAUGGAGAAAAAUCAAUGCUUUCACAAAGUCUGAUUUUUCUAUGUUCUCCUUACAUUUCUUGUUCUGAUUGUUCAUUUAAGAAAUCACAGAAUAAUGCAAUUGCUGCUGCUUAAAAUACAAAAUAUAAAGUGCAACAAACUAAAAAUAAAUGACUUAAUUUAAUGUGCUAAAUGUGAUAGUGAUUUAAAAAUAAUAUAUGUAAUUCAAUAGUUGCUAUAUAACUUUAACUUGGAUUUUAGUAAAAGUGUAAUUUCUUCCCGUGUCACCCAAUCCCGUCAAUCGGACCCAUCCAGAAUCUCUCAGCCUUGCAUACUUUUAUGGCCGAAUGCCUGGCAGAGUGAGUGUGUGAAAAGCGGCAGAGCAAAAAGAUACAAAAUGCGAGGAGCAAAAGUGAGGCCAAUAAAAAGGCGAUAAAAUUGACGCCGAUACAGGAGGAGGGAGCAGCCGCAGGAGGAGCAGCAGGAAGAGCCCCUUGUCGGAAGAGAAACGAUAAGCGUAUCCUGUCGGCAGAGUGCAUAAAAAGGCGAUAUAUAUUCCGGUGUCCUGUGUUUGUUGCUGCAGCCUCUGAUAGCCAGCGAUUCAAAUGCCUUGGUGAUUAAUGGGCCAUUGGCCAUUGCCGACGGGAUGCGCAUAAUUCAGCCUGGCCAGAGGACCAGAUACGGCCAAUGGCCGGCCGUGGGACUACGUUUACUCCUAGCCCUCGCCUGGACGACGGCGGCUGCGGCGGCCAUGGAGUCCUCGGCCGAGCUCCAGGCCCUGGGCUACGAGGCAAUUAGGCCAGGUGCUGCUGCCUCAAUUAGCACAUUCACAUCCACAUUCUCGGUCUCAUCCAGUUUGCCACCCGGAGAAUCGACAUCAACAUCGACUGUAACUGCCGGGGGCAUUUCGAUUCCCCCGCGAUCCGACUGGAAGUACAAACGGACGAAAGUCAAACGCCGGCAGCAGCGCCUCAAUUCGCACAGCAAUCUGCCUGGGAGCACCAAUGCCUCCCACUCGCACCACAUCCUCAGCCUGCCGCCCAGGCAGCGCUACCUGAAGGUCAACCAGGUGUUUGAGGACGAGCGCCGCAUGUCGCCGGCCGAAAUGCAGCGCAAUCAUGGCAAAAUCGUGCUGCUCGGACUCUUUGAGCUCUCCACGUCGCGGGGACCACGUCCGGAUGGCCUUAGCGAACUGGGAGCAGCCACCAUGGCCGUGGAGCACAUCAACAGCAAACGCCUGCUGCCCGGUUACACCUUGGAGCUGGUGACCAACGACACUCAGUGUGAUCCUGGAGUGGGCGUGGAUCGCUUCUUCCACGCCAUCUACACACAGCCCUCGACUAGGAUGGUGAUGCUGCUGGGAUCGGCCUGCUCGGAGGUCACCGAGAGCCUGGCGAAGGUGGUGCCCUACUGGAACAUCGUGCAGGUCUCCUUUGGCUCCACAUCGCCGGCGCUGAGCGACAGAAGGGAGUUCCCCUACUUCUACAGGACGGUGGCCCCGGAUUCCUCGCACAAUCCGGCGCGCAUCGCCUUCAUCCGGAAGUUCGGAUGGGGCACGGUGACCACCUUCUCGCAGAACGAGGAGGUCCAUUCGCUGGCGGUGAACAACCUGGUCACCGAGCUGGAGGCGGCCAACAUAUCCUGUGCUGCCACCAUCACCUUUGCGGCUACCGACUUCAAGGAGCAGCUGCUGCUUCUCAGGGAGACAGACACGCGCAUCAUCAUCGGGAGCUUCUCGCAGGAACUGGCCCCCCAGAUCCUGUGCGAGGCCUACAGGCUUCGGAUGUUCGGGGCGGACUACGCCUGGAUCCUCCACGAGAGCAUGGGCGCCCCCUGGUGGCCGGACCAGCAAACCGCCUGCUCCAACCACGAGCUGCAGCUGGCCGUCGAGAACCUCAUCGUGGUGUCAACGCACAACAGCAUCGUAGGAAAUAACGUCAGCUACAGCGGACUGAACAAUCACAUGUUCAACUCGCAGCUGCGCAAGCAGUCCGCCCAGUUCCACGGCCAGGAUGGCUUUGGUUCCGGCUCUGGCUCCAGGAUCAGUAUCACGGCACCGCAAUCGGACUCGCGCCGGCGGAGGCGUAGGGGCGUGGGCGGCACCGGAGGCCACCUCUUCCCGGAGGCCAUAUCGCAGUAUGCACCGCAGACCUAUGACGCCGUGUGGGCCAUCGCUUUGGCUUUAAGGGCCGCCGAGGAGCAUUGGCGGCGCAACGAGGAGCAGUCGAAGCUGGACGGAUUCGAUUACACCCGCAGCGACAUGGCCUGGGAGUUCCUCCAGCAGCUGGGCAAGCUCCACUUCCUGGGAGUAUCGGGUCCCGUUUCCUUCAGCGGUCCGGAUCGCGUUGGCACCACUGCCUUCUACCAAAUCCAGCGCGGUCUGCUGGAGCCGGUGGCCCUCUACUAUCCGGCCACGGAUGCCCUGGACUUCCGGUGUCCCCGCUGCCGGCCGGUGAAGUGGCACAGCGGGCAGGUGCCCAUCGCCAAGCGAGUGUUCAAGCUGCGAGUGGCCACCAUCGCUCCCCUGGCCUUCUACACCAUCGCCACCCUCUCGAGCGUGGGAAUCGCCCUGGCCAUCGCCUUCCUCGCCUUCAAUCUGCACUUUCGCAAGCUCAAGGCAAUUAAACUUUCCAGCCCCAAGCUGAGCAACAUCACCGCAGUGGGCUGCAUCUUUGUGUACGCCACCGUCAUCCUUUUGGGCCUGGACCACUCGACGCUGCCCUCGGCGGAGGACUCCUUCGCCACGGUCUGCACGGCCCGUGUCUAUCUGCUCUCCGCCGGAUUCUCGCUGGCCUUUGGAUCGAUGUUCGCCAAGACUUACAGGGUUCACCGGAUUUUUACGAGAACUGGCAGCGUUUUUAAGGACAAGAUGCUGCAGGACAUCCAGUUGAUCCUGCUCGUCGGAGGAUUGCUCCUGGUGGAUGCCCUGCUCGUAACCCUUUGGGUGGUCACCGAUCCCAUGGAGCGGCACCUUCACAACCUGACACUCGAGAUCAGCGCCAUCGAUAGAAGUGUCGUCUACCAGCCGCAGGUUGAGGUAUGCCGUUCGCAGCACACGCAAACGUGGCUAAGUGUCCUGUACGCCUACAAGGGUCUCCUCCUCGUGGUGGGUGUCUACAUGGCCUGGGAGACGCGCCACGUGAAGAUCCCUGCCCUCAACGACUCCCAGUACAUCGGUGUGUCCGUCUACAGUGUGGUCAUCACCAGCGCCAUUGUCGUGGUGCUGGCCAAUUUGAUUUCGGAGCGAGUCACCCUGGCCUUCAUCACCAUCACAGCUCUGAUUUUAACCAGCACCACAGCCACGCUUUGCCUGCUCUUCAUCCCAAAGCUGCACGACAUCUGGGCGAGAAAUGACAUUAUCGACCCUGUUAUCCACAGCAUGGGUUUGAAGAUGGAGUGCAACACUCGCCGAUUCGUGGUGGAUGAUCGUCGGGAGCUACAGUACCGUGUGGAGGUGCAAAACAGGGUAUACAAAAAGGAGAUCCAGGCUCUGGACGCCGAGAUCCGCAAGCUAGAGAGGCUCCUAGAAUCGGGACUGACCAACACCUCUACAACGACCUCGUCCUCCACAUCGCUACUCACCGGAGGAGGUCACCUGAAGCCGGAACUCACGGUCACCAGUGGAAUUUCGCAGACUCCGGCUGCCAGCAAGACCAGAACACCCAGUAUCUCGGGCAUUCUGCCGAACCUCCUGCUCUCCGUGCUGCCACCGGUGAUACCCCGAGCCAGUUGGCCCUCGGCGGAGUACAUGCAGAUCCCCAUGAGGCGAUCGGUGACCUUUGCCUCCCAGCCGCAACUGGAGGAGGCCUGCCUGCCGGCACAGGAUUUGAUUAACCUUCGACUAGCCCACCAGCAGGCCACGGAGGCUAAGACGGGCCUGAUAAACAGGCUGCGAGGGAUAUUUUCGAGGACCACUUCGAGCAACAAGGGAUCCACGGCCAGUCUGGCUGAUCAAAAGGGUCUGAAGGCGGCCUUUAAAUCGCACAUGGGUCUGUUCACCCGCCUGAUUCCCUCCUCGCAAACGGCCUCCUGCAAUGCCAUCUACAACAGUCCCAAUCUGGACUCCGUCCCCGUGGAGUCGUCCUCCCACCCGAAUGGCAACCACCUGAAGCCCAUCCACCGGGGUUCCCUGACCAAGAGCGGAACCCACCUGGAUCACCUUACCAAGGAUCCGAACUUCCUGCCCAUCCCCACCAUUUCGGGGGGCGAUCAAGUGGUGGACCAGCAGCUGGGUGGCAAAUAUGUGAAGCUGAUGGAGACCAAGGUGAACUUCCAGUUGCCCAGCAACCGGAGACCCUCGGUGGUGCAGGCGCCUCCCAGUUUGCGGGAGAGGGUGAGGGGCUCGCCGCGCUUUCCCCACCGCAUCCUUCCGCCCACCUGUAGCUUGAGUGCCCUGGCCGAAUCCGAGGACCGUCCUGGCGAUAGCAGCUCCAUUUUGGGCAGCUGCAAGUCCAUACCUCGCAUCUCCCUGCAACAUGCCACCAGCGGGGGCACCUGGAAGUCCAUGGAGACGGCGGCCAAGUCGAGGCUUUCCCUCGGCGAUUCCCAGGAGGAGGAGCAGCAGCAGACGCCUUCAAAUGGCCUGGAUUAGAUAAGAUGCCCUGUCCUUGUCCAUCCUCCCAGUCCAAGUCCAAGUUUAAGUCCUCGUCAAUUAGAAGCGAAACACCAAGCAAUUAUUUAACCACACGCCCACGAGUCUGCCCCCAGAAAAGCGCGUGUGCAACUGACCAAUCAUCAGCUUAAAGCAAUCAAACGCAUUAGGGUAAAACGCUAGAUAAGUCACGAUAGGACCCCUCCUUCGUCAUAGCUAGUCAUCUUCCCAAACUUAGCAGAAUCAGAUACACGGAGAAAAAUGAGUCCCUAGAAGUAGAACAAAAAUUUACAAAUUAAAGUAAGAGUUCGUCUAGAUAUUCGUGAUAAGUUUUCCCCUUUAGUGUCAGCAAAGUUUUCUAAAAACUAUCAUGAGUAUUCGCUUGUUGAAUGGAACUUCUAGAACAUUUACUAACUCAAGAUGCCAAAUAUUUAGAUAUUUAAUAUAAAUUUAUUUUGUUUAUGUUAUUUACUUUAAGGUCUUGUUUAUAAUUUGGUGGAGAGAAAUAAUAUUAAUUUAAAAUACUUAAACUUUGUUAUUGCUUUUGUUUAAAAAAUCAUUCCUAAAAAUUGAUAGGAUAUCAUCGAGGUCGUUCGAGCAUAGUUUCAGACCCAAUCUCAACUCUCUGUGUAGAACCUCCUCCGCAAUGUGAUUGACCCUGGGCGGCGCAGAACCCCUCAUCUGGGUUAAGUAGAUGAGCGCGUCGGCCAGUUCCAGUUCUCACCCCUCCAGUUGUGAUUAACCCGCUCCUUAACCUUUGACCCCUUCUCCUUUUAGUCUUAAGUAGCUGCAUUAGUGUUUGUUUUCUUGUUGUUGUGCCGCUGCAGGACGGCUGUAUCUGCGGUGUAUCUACAGUGUAUCCAGUGAGCAAUACUUAGUAUCGUACUUAAAGUUUAGACUUAGCAUCCGCAUCAGCCGAGAACCAGAAUCAGAACGAGAAUCAUAGUAGAGUAGGGGUAGCAGUCAGUCGGGCAGUAUGAUUAAUCAUCGCCGACUAACCAUGAAUCAUGCAGGAGUCCAGAGAUGUUGGGGCGAAAGCCAAAACACUUGAGAACUGCUCAAGACUAAGCCGUAAGUUUUAGCAUUGUAAUCCAAUCCAACUCGAUUCCACUCCGCAGUCCAACAAUCCAAAGUCCAAAGUCCACCUUCCACCCACUCGGAUAACUUGAAUAAACAGAAAAGUCUAAGCAGAAAUGCCAAGCCAGAAUAAUGAUUAAUUAA